AUGGAUGUGUUGCGAUUAAGUUUUGAUGGAUUGGAGGAAACUGAAAAAGAAAUAUUCCUACAUAUUGCUUGUUUUUUCAAGCAUCGCACUCAGGAAUAUGUUAUGAAUAUUCUUAAUUGUUGUGGAUUUCAAGCUGAUAUUGGAUUAAGAGUUCUAGUUGAUAAAUCACUUAUAAGUCUUUCGGAAGAGAUUCAUAUGGUAAUAAUGCAUGGUUUGUUAGAAGAGUUGGGCAAAAAAAUUGUUAAAGAAAAAUCAAGAAAGUGGAGCAGGGUGUGGCUCCAUGAACACUUCUACAAUGUUAAGUUGGAGAAUAUGGAAAACAAGGUCGAAGCCAUCUGUUUUGGCACAGUGGUAAAACAAUCAGACAUGAUCACGGGUGAAAUAUUGUCAAAAAUGAGUCAUUUAAAACUGCUCAUACUGAGGGGAGUUGAUUUUUUACAAAACUUGAGUUGUCUUUCUAACGAGUUAAGAUACAUGGAGUGGUAUAGAUAUCCUUUAAAGUAUUUGCCAUCAAGUUUUCAGCCUAAUCAUCUUGUUGAAUUGAUCUUGAGAUACAGCAACAUCAAACAACUAUGGAAAGACAAGAAGUAUUUUCCCCAUUUGAGAAGUUUGGAUCUGAGCCACUCAAAAAAUCUAAAAAAGAUGCCGGAUUUUAGAGGUAUCCCAAAUCUUGAGCGAUUAAGUUUUGAAGGAUGUGUAAAGUUGGUGCGAAUGGAUCCUUUUAUUGGAAUUCUAAAAAGGCUUGUUUUCUUGAAUUUGAAAGAUUGUGAAAAUCUAGCAAGCAUACCAAACAACAUAUUUGGUCUCAGCUCUCUUGAAUGUGUAAAUCUUUCUGGAUGUCCCAAUAUGUUUAGGAAUCAAAGACUUGUCAAUAUAAGUGAAAAUGCAUCACAUUACCAAUCCACAAUGUCUUCCAUCUUGAAAUGGACAACAUUUAGUGCUCACAAAAAUUUAGGUAGUUGUUCGUUGCCUUUCUUUAUUAGCUUCUCUAGCUUGGUUAAACUUGAUAUUAGUUUUUGUGGUUUAAGCCAACUCCCGGAUGCAAUUGGUUGCUUACGUUGGCUAGAAGAAUUAAAUUUAGGGGGAAACAAUUUUAUAAGAUUGCCUAGUCUGGAGGAGCUUUACAGACUUGCAUUUUUAAACUUGGAACAUUGCAAGCUCUUGGAAUCUCUGCCUCAGCUUCCUUUUUUUACUUCUAUGGAUCGGGUCUUUCAAAGGAACAAAAAAGGAUUGGUGAUUUUCAAUUGUCCUAAAUUGAGUGAGAGGGAAGUUGGCAGUACUAUCAAUUUUUCAUGGAUGACACGGUUUAUUCAGGCAAACCAAGUAUUCACUUCAAUAUAUGAUCAGAUUUGGUUUGUAGUUCCGGGAAGUGAAAUACCAAGUUGGUGCAACAAUCAGAGUGAGGGUCAUUCAAUAAGAAUAGAUCUAUCUCCCAUUAUGCCUAACAAUGAAAAUAAUGUUUGUGGCAUUGCUUGUUGUGCAGUAUUUUCUGCUGCACCUCUUGACCCAAGAGCUUUCCGUGACAACAUACAGAACAAAAGGUCUCAACAAAUAUCUGGAAUACAACUAGCUAUUUGUACGAAUAAAAUUAGCACUUCGCUGUGUGGGGUCAUCCCAGUAAUUCUUCAAACUGAUCUUAUCGAGAUCAAAUCAGAUCAUAUGUGCCUAAUCUAUUUUCCUCUGAAAGCAAUCUUUUAUUUUCUGGUUUCCAAAAACAAAACUCUCAGCCAUCUUGAUCAUUGUAAGUUGGAUUUUGAACACACACGUUCAAUUAAUAAUAAUUGCACGGUUCAGAAGUGCGGGUAUCAUUGGGUAUAUAAACAAGAUCAUGAGUCGCUGUCAAAUCUCCUUAGCUCGGAAGUGAAAGUUUUUGGCAAUUGA